UAUUCAUUAGACAUUAUUAGAGUUAUUCCCCCUUAUGCAAAUUACGCCAUUUGUUUGCACAUAAGUGAAAGAUGUAGGUUAAUGAAGUAUGGAAAAUGAUUCAGCUGGAGGAAUACAAACACAUCUUGUGAAGUUUGAUCAAAUAACUGUGAAACAAGAAGUUAUAGAUGGAGGAUAUAGUGUAGCUGUCCCCGGUAGUAAAUUAUGCUGUGAUAGACGUCAAGAUCAAUGUGAAAUUUCAGACAGUUAUCUCACAAGAGAUGAAAAUAAUGCCCAAUGUUUAGAUAACAUUUGUUUAUCUUUUGCCAGGCCAAAAAUUGAGACUGAAAUUCCAGUGAAAAAUGAAGAAUUUGAACAAGGAAGGAAAGAACCUGAAAACAAGAUUAAAGGACACGGCAGUGAGACAGAAAUAAAAAAGGAACAUGAAUAUGAUAAUACUAUAGAAUUUGAUAACACUAACUUAAUAACAAUAGAAAAAGGGUCUGUAAAGCUCGAAAGAGCAGUAGAUGUUAAGAUAGAAAAAGCAGAUGAAACAUAUGAAGAAACCGUGGUUGCUUACCAGCAAUCAAAUGCUGGAGGGGUUAAGGUUGAAAUUGUUGAAGCAACAGAAACUAACAAGAGUGUUAAAGAUGACAAAGUGGCUUGUUCUCUGACAGGCAGUAAAACAGAAGGUGUAAUUGAAGGUGAUGAUGAUGGUAAUGUACCAGGUAUGGUUACAAUGGAAGAAUGUACAGGGAGAGAAGAUCAAGCUCAGAUGGAAAAGAAGGGCUAUUUGUGUAAAGUGUGUAAAAAGACAUUUAUUAAGAAGAGUAGUUUAAGCAGCCAUGAAAUAACACACACUGGGGAGACACCUUUCAAAUGUCAAUUCUGUAAUAAAGGUUUCAAUGUACGAAGUAAUCUGAAUGUUCAUCUGAGAAUACAUACAGGUCAGCGGCCUCAUGUGUGCGAAAUUUGUCAGAAAACUUUCACGCAAGCUGGACAACUUAAAACACAUGAGAGAAUACAUAAAGGAGAGAAACCAUACAGAUGUAACAUGUGUACACGAGCAUUCCGCAGUAGCAGUGCUUUAAUUACACAUCAAAGAACACACACUGGAGAGCGUCCAUUUCCAUGUGACAUUUGUUCAAGGUCAUUCUCAACUUCGACGAGUCUUAAAACACAUCGCAUCACACAUAGCGGUACCAUGUUGUACGACUGUCCUGUCUGUGGGCGGCAAUUUAAUCGUAAAAACAACCUCAAUGUUCACAUUAAAAGGCAUAAUAAAAACAGAAGGUUUUCAUGCCCCAAAUGUAGUAAUGGGUUUGUCAUGAGAGCCCAUCUUACAGCGCACUUAAAGCGGACUCAUAAAUUCGAACUGAGUGCCGAUCAAUUGAAUAGUCCUGAAUUCCUAGAUAGUACUGAAGAGUUACACAGUGAAGCGGAAAUAGGGGAAGAUUCUAAUAUUGGAGGAGAACUCAAAUACAGCCAAGAUAUAGAUAUGAAAAUUGAAGAUGAGUGUGAUAGUCAAUCAGUAGAUUGUGAUAAUAAUGGGUAUCCAGUUAAGGGUAUUAAAAGUGAGGUACACGAAAUAGGUUAUAUGACAUAACAAUGAUAUGGAGUGACAUGAAGUUUGAAGCUAUUUUUAUUUUCGGUGAUAUUUUAUUAUUCGUUGGAAAGUGCGCACACGUUGACAUACAGAUUUGGUUUGGAGCUAUGAUCUGGCAUAUCAGUUACCCCAGCUACGAUGAAUUUAAAAUCGAUUUGUACCAUCGCUACACAGAAUCUAGUUUUUUCAUCUUUUCAGUUAAAAAAAAUCAUCGUAAAUAUGGACUAGCAGCUUUCAAAUUUGUUUCUUGUUUUGAUCUCAGACAUGUUCAAAAUUCAGAGACCUAAUAUCUUUUGCGAUAAGCUAGUGCCUUGCCAUAUUUCAAAUAUUUUUCUUGUCUGUAAAAUUAUUUUUAUCUUGAAUAUAUAGUUCAGUCAAAAUAUAUAAGACUAUAUAUCAUGAAGAAUUGAAUAGUCUAGAAUGAUAAAAAGCUACUUUGUCAGUUGUAUCAUUUUACUGUCUACACAGAAUCCUGAUAAAUUUUCUUUAAUAUUUUUUGAAUUUCAUGUUUUUUAUAUUUGUGUUGUUAUAUGAUUUAGGUCCAUAAGGCAAGCAAGGCUUGGUGCACUUUUAAUCAGUUUUAAUUAAAUUUGUUUUUUUUUAUUGUUACUGUCUGUUUCAAUACAUAAUAUCACAGCUAAUUUUUGUUUCU